CAAGAAAGUUUGUUUCCGUCUCCGGCUGAUGACGUCACAGGAGUAAUGGCGGCGCCCUGACAGCCUCAUGUGGAGGAGUUGCUGAUCGGCAGAGAAGUUCCCGGAGAUCGGGUGAAAUUUUUGGGGUCACUGAGCCCGGAUCUUGUGCCGAGGGGACACCCGGGGGGAUUCAGCAGCCAUGAAGCCGGGAAAGGUCAGCAGGUCGGGAAAGGUCAGCAGGUCGGGAAAGGUCAGCAGGUCGGGAAAGGUCCGGAAGUCGGGAAAGCGUCUCGUCUCCCUGCAGCAGAAAGGCAUCAAAAUUACGGGGAAAUGGAAGCCGGUCUCGCUGGACCCGAGCUUCUUCACCGCCGGCAAGAUGGACGAGAUGAUCUGCUUUGAGGAACUCUCGGGUUACAAGCUGGUGAAAUCCUCCAAAGAGUUAACGGCGAGGAGCGGGAAGCGGAAGCGCGGUGCCGGCGAGGAGGACUUGGAGCCGGAAGAUUCCAAAGAACAUUUCGCCAAAGGAAAGAAAAACAAAAAGCGCAAGAAAAAGCUGGAGGCCAAGAAAGCGAAGGAGGAGACGGAGGACGAGAUGGAGGACGUGUUCCUCGGGAGAGAAGAUGAAGAAGAAUAUCACCAAGACACCGUGGAGGGGGAGGCGGACACGGACGUGGACACGGACGCAGACACCGAACCGUCUGUAGAGCCGAUGGCAGUUCAGGCGCCGAAAAAGAAGAAAAAAAGGCCAAAGAAAAAGAAGAAACAACCGGCGGAGACUCGGGAGGAACCGGUAACCGCCAAAUCCUCCAAGAGGACCAAGAACUGGGCCGCGGGCGUGCUGAGCGGAGCCGCCACCAAGGACGCGGACGUGUCGGCUUGGAAAGACCUCUGCGUCCCUCCGCCGGUUCUCCAGGCGCUCAGCUAUUUGGGAUUUUCCGCUCCGACGCCCAUUCAAGCUCUGGCGCUGCCCUCGGCGAUCCGGGACAAAAUGGACAUUCUGGGUGCGGCAGAGACGGGAAGUGGUAAAACUUUGGCCUUUGCCAUCCCGAUGAUCCACUCCAUCCUGGAAUGGAGGAAGAUGCGGGAGUCCGGAGUCACGGAAGAGGAGGAGGAGAAGGAGGAGGAGACCUCAGACCAGGAGGAGCCAGAGGAAGAGGAGGAGGAGCCACCAGAGUUGGUGGCCAUAGACCAGGAGGAGGAUAACCUGGACAACGAGGAGGAUGAGGACGAUGAUGAUGAUGAGUCUUCUGCCCUGGGCUGUGUGAAGGUCGUGGAAGACGUUGACAUUAAUUUUAACCCCGUCACAUCCGAGACUUCCUGUAAUAUGAGACCGUUGCUCGGCCUUGUGGUCACGCCCACCAGAGAGCUGGCCGUCCAGGUGAAGCAUCACAUCGACGCCGUGGCCAAAUUCUCAGGGAUCAGAACGGCCAUUGUGGUUGGUGGAAUGGCCCCACAGAAACAGGAGCGGCUGCUAAACCGAGGGCCGGAGAUCGUCAUUGCCACGCCGGGGCGCCUGUGGGAGAUGAUCAGAGAGGAGCACCCCCACCUGUCCAACCUGAAGAAGCUCAGGUGUUUGGUGAUCGACGAGGCGGACAGAAUGGUGGAGAAGGGUCACUACGCCGAGCUGACCCAACUGCUGGAGAUGCUGAGCGACACUCACUACAACCCCAAGAGGCAGACCUUCGUCUUCUCCGCCACCCUGACCCUCAUCCACCAGGCGCCCAGCCGGCUCCUGCAGAAGAAGAACUUCCGGAGGAUGGACAAGGACAGCAAGCUGGAGAGUCUGAUGCACAAGGUCGGCAUGAAGGGGAAGCCCAAGGUCAUCGAUCUGACCAGGAAGCAAGCCACCGUGGAGACGCUGACCGAGACCAGAAUCCAUUGCGCCACCGACGAGAAGGACUUCUACCUCUACUACUUCCUGCUGCAGUACCCCGGGCGCACCAUGGUCUUCGCCAACAGCAUUGACUGCAUCAAGAGGCUGACCUGCCUCCUCACCAUCCUGGAGUUCAACCCGCUGCAGCUACACGCCAACAUGCACCAGAAGCAGAGGCUGAAGAACCUCGAGAGAUUCGCCGAGAGAGAGAGCUGUGUCCUCCUCACUACGGAUGUGGCGGCUCGCGGUUUGGACAUCCCCAAUAUUCAGCACGUUCUCCAUUACCAGGUCCCGAGGACUUCGGAAACCUACGUGCACCGCAGCGGCAGGACUGCCCGCGCCUCCAGCGACGGCCUGACGCUGCUUCUGAUUGGACCAGACGAUGUGGUGAAUUACAGGAAGAUCUUCAGAACUCUGGAGAAGAACGACGAGCUUCCCUUCUUCCCCGUGGAGUCCAAAUGCAUGAACGGGAUAAAGGAACGCGUCGGUCUGGCCCGGCAGAUUGAGAAGGCCGAGUAUUUCCACAGUAAGACGAAGCAGCAGAACUCCUGGAUCCAGCAGGCGGCGGAGGCUCUGGAGAUGGAGAUCGAUGACGAUUUAUUAGGGGGGAACGCGGAUGAAGAGGAGGAUCGAUCCAAGCAGAAAGCCUUGAAGUUCCUGAAGAAACAGCUGAAGAGACUUUUAUCCCAACCGGUAUUCCGGAAUAUUAUGAAAACCAGAUACCCGACCAAGAGCGGUCAGCUGACCCUCCCCGACCUCCCCGGGGCCCGAUCCGAGAGCGCCCUCCAUACCCUCUCCAACCAGCACACCAAGAAGCAGAAGCCCCGCCCAUGAACGCCAUUCCCCUCCUCGGGCACCCAUCCGAGAGCGCCCUCCAUACCCUCUCCAACCAACACACCAAGAAGCAGAAGCCCCGCCCAUCCCUCCCCGACCUCCCCGGGGCCCGAUCCGAGAGCGCCCUCCAUACCCUCUCCAACCAGCACACCAAGAAGCAGAAGCCCCGCCCAUGACCGCCAUUCCCCUCCUCGGGCACUGAUCCGAGAGCGCCCUCCAUACCCUCUCCAACCAGCACACCAAGAAGCAGAAGCCCCGCCCAUGACCGCCAUUCCCCUCCCCGGGGCCCGAUCCGAGAGCGCCCUCCAUACCCUCUCCAACCAGCACACCAAGAAGCAGAAGCCCCGCCCAUGACCGCCAUUCCCCUCCCCGGGGCCCGAUCCGAGAGCGCCCUCCAUACCCUCUCCAACCAGAACACCAAGAAGCAGAAGCCCCGCCCAUGACCGCCAUUCCCCUCCUCGGGGCGCGAUCCGAGAGCGCCCUCCAUACCCUCGCCAACCAACACACCAAGAAGCAGAAGCCCCGCCCAUGACCGCCAUUCCCCUCCUCGGGGCCUGAUCCGAGAGCGCCCUCCAUACCCUCUCCAACCAGCACACCAAGAAGCAGAAGCCCCGCCCAUGACCGCCAUUCCCCUCCCCGGGGCCCGAUCCGAGAGCGCCCUCCAUACCCUCUCCAACCAGCACACCAAGAAGCAGAAGCCCCGCCCAUGAACGCCAUUCCCCUCCUCGGGCACCCAUCCGAGAGCGCCCUCCAUACCCUCUCCAACCAGCACACCAAGAAGCAGAAGCCCCGCCCAUCCCUCCCCGACCUCCCCGGGGCCCGAUCCGAGAGCGCCCUCCAUACCCUCUCCAACCAGCACACCAAGAAGCAGAAGCCCCGCCCAUGACCGCCAUUCCCCUCCCCGGGGCCCGAUCCGAGAGCGCCCUCCAUACCCUCUCCAACCAGAACACCAAGAAGCAGAAGCCCCGCCCAUGACCGCCAUUCCCCUCCUCGGGGCGCGAUCCGAGAGCGCCCUCCAUACCCUCUCCAACCAGCACACCAAGAAGCAGAAGCCCCGCCCAUGACCGCCAUUCCCCUCCCCGGGGCCCGAUCCGAGAGCGCCCUCCAUACCCUCUCCAACCAGCACACCAAGAAGCAGAAGCCCCGCCCAUGACCGCCAUUCCCCUCCCCGGGGCCCGAUCCGAGAGCGCCCUCCAUACCCUCUCCAACCAACACACCAAGAAGCAGAAGCCCCGCCCAUGACCGCCAUUCCCCUCCUCGGGCACCCAUCCGAGAGCGCCCUCCAUACCCUCUCCAACCAGCACACCAAGAAGCAGAAGCCCCGCCCAUCCCUCCCCGACCUCCCCGGGGCCCGAUCCGAGAGCGCCCUCCAUACCCUCUCCAACCAGCACACCAAGAAGCAGAAGCCCCGCCCAUGACCGCCAUUCCCCUCCCCGGGGCCCGAUCCGAGAGUGCCCUCCAUACCCUCUCCAACCAGCACACCAAGAAGCAGAAGCCCCGCCCAUGACCGCCAUUCCCCUCCCCGGGGCCCGAUCCGAGAGCGCCCUCCAUACCCUCUCCAACCAGCACACCAAGAAGCAGAAGCCCCGCCCAUGACCGCCAUUCCCCUCCCCGGGGCCCGAUCCGAGAGUGCCCUCCAUACCCUCUCCAACCAACACACCAAGAAGCAGAAGCCCCGCCCAUGACCGCCAUUCCCCUCCUCCGCUAUAUAGAUUGCACAUGGAGAGCUUUUGUAAAGGGUGACUCCGCCCCAAAUAAGGUCUGUUUCCUCCCUUUUCCUAUUGGACGUUUGUUUGUAGGCGGGGAUAAGAGAACAUCUCCCGAGAAAUCCACGUUGUAAUUUAAUGACAUUAAACAUUUUAUUUCCUUUUUAA